AUGGACACAAUGGGCGGCAUUGUUUCGCAAAUGCCAUUUCUACGCUUCAUAAUACUAGAAUUAUCUGGUUACAAUGAUUUAAUGAGAAUAAUUCAGAAGCUUUGGGGUUUCCUAGACGAAGAGAUUAACAUCCAUGAAAGACAACUGUCCGAGAAUCAGCCACAUUUGGAUAUAAUUCUUUUGGAUUUUCAUAGUGUGUUAAACGAUGCAGCUUACUGGGAUCAUCCAGAAAAAUUUCAACCUCGACGAUUUUUCGAUGCAAAUAGUCGAUUCUGCCAAAAUAAUGCCAACAUACCAUUUGGCUUAGGUAAAAGAUGUUGUCCGGGUGAAAUGCUGGCCCGAACAUCCUUAUUUUUAUUCUUCGCCUACGUUAUACACUUACUUCGACAGUGAAGUUUUAUCGGAGCACGGCGAGCCGGAUCCAAAUGGACACGAUGGUUUCACUAUAUAUCAGCAAAACCUUAUUAUCUAA